GUAUGACCGUCAAAGGGGGGCUGGCAAGCUGGCUGAAGUGAGGGUAGUGCAGGACAAGUCGGGACGUGAGAAUGUCGGACCUUGGCCCUGAUAUCCAUGUCCAUUUGCUGGACGUUGACGUUGCCAACGCCGAUGAGGUUGCUGCAACUAUUCCCUCCUCCAUCUGCGCAAGGUGUUUCUUGCUUGCAUCGCACACAGUCAUCUUUGUCCCCUGGUCCGUCGAGAAUUCUCCGCGCCCUCAAGCUUGGCAUGCAGCUUUGUGACCUGAUUAUGUAUAGAGACUCCGCCAGGAGCUGCCGUCGGUGGGUAAGCAUUGUAGCUUCGCCUAGCUUCCCAAAGUGGGUAGGUGAUUGAGGGGGUGUCGUCGUCGGGAAACUGUGUUCGC